CGGUGCCCCCCUCAGCCGACGUGAGCCCUGAUUGGAGGGACUGCGCCACAGACUCGGCAGGAACUUCGGCCCCGUUCGGGGGACAGCGGAGAAGAGUGCGUCGACUGCCAAUCAACGUGCGCGUUGACGUCCGCGGUCGGAGCGCGCCGCGGGGGGGGCGGGGCCUGCAAGCGCCUAUAAAAGUGCGAUGGGCGCGCGGCCGGCUUAGUGCGGCCGGGCAGCCGUGACGUUGUGAGCGUUUUUCUAGCGGUUGUCGUAGUCAGCGAGUAGCGGAGCGGGCCUCGGGGGGCCUCGCUAGGGCCACAGCGGCCGGCAGUUGGGCCCCCCGCCCCGGCCGGCGGUCCAAGGAGUGCAGGAAGGGGGCCGGGGGGACCCGCCCCCGGACGGCCGAAGUCAUGAACUCCAACGUCGAGAAUCUGCCUCCGCACAUCAUCCGCCUAGUGUACAAGGAGGUGACAACACUGACGGCCGACCCACCUGAUGGCAUUAAAGUCUUCCCCAAUGAGGAGGAUCUCACGGACCUGCAGGUUACCAUCGAGGGCCCUGAGGGCACCCCCUAUGCUGGAGGUUUGUUCCGUAUGAAGCUCCUACUGGGCAAGGAUUUCCCUGCCUCUCCACCCAAGGGCUACUUCCUGACCAAGAUCUUCCACCCAAAUGUGGGGGCCAAUGGUGAGAUCUGUGUCAAUGUGCUCAAGAGGGACUGGACGGCUGAGUUGGGCAUCCGACAUGUGUUGCUGACCAUCAAGUGCCUGCUGAUCCACCCUAACCCAGAGUCUGCACUCAACGAGGAGGCUGGCCGCCUGCUCUUGGAGAACUAUGAAGAGUAUGCUGCUCGGGCUCGACUGCUCACAGAGAUCCAUGGGGGUGCAGGUGGCUCCAGCAGUGGGAGGGCUGAGGCUACCCGGGGCUUGGGAAGUGGGGCUAUAGCCUCCACUGACCCUAUGACCCCAGGAGUCCUGGGAGGAGCUGAGGGUCCCAUGGCCAAGAAACACGCAGGCGAGCGAGAUAAGUUGGCAGCAAAGAAAAAAUUGGAUAAGAAGCGGGCACUAAGACGACUGUAGUGGGCUCUUCUCCUUUCUUCCUUCUGUUCUAUCCCCUCCCACUCUGAAUCUAAGUUAUUUAAAUUAUG